AUGGGGAAGACAUCGCUGCUUAGAGAAGAUGGCAAGUGUUCGCGGAGUACAUUCAGUGGGUCUAAGACCUCUUCAAAAGGCAGCAGCAGCAGCAACAGUAGUGUCUCCCCAAAGAAGGACCCUCGCGGGGAAGCCGAUGCACUAAUAUUGUUGGUGGGGCCUGUCAGCCUCUUGGCCAUCGGAGCACUCACAGUGCACUGUAUGGAUAUCCUGCUGAACUGUGCCUGUCAUCUCACUCAGAGACUGCAGAGGAGUUUUGUGAACUAUGAAGAGACCACAAUGUACAGCCUGGAAACAUGCCCAAGUCCUUGGCUGAGGACACACUCAGUGUGGGGCAGGUACGUUGUAAGCUUCCUGCUGAUUGUCACUCAGCUGGGCUUCUGCAGUGUGUAUUUCAUGUUUAUGGCAGACAAUUUGCAACAGAUCGUGGAAGAAUCUCACUUCACCUCCAAUGUCUGCCAGCCCAGGCAGAACCUGGUGAUGACCUCCAUCCUGGACUCUCGCUUCUAUAUGCUCACCAUCCUGCCCUUCCUCAUCCUGCUGGUGCUCGUCCAGAACCCAAACGUGUUGUCCAUCUUCUCUACCUUGGCCACCAUCACCACCCUGAGCAGCCUGGCUCUAAUCUUUGAGUAUCUCAUCGAGAUCCCACACCACAGCAACUUGCCCCUGGUUGCAAGCUGGAAGACUUUCUUGUUGUUCUUUGGCACGGCUAUCUUCACCUUUGAAGGCGUGGGGAUGGUUCUGCCUCUCAAAAGCCAGAUGAAGAGCCCACAGCAGUUUCCCGCCGUGCUGUACCUGGGGAUGUCCUUUGUCAUCUUCCUCUACAUCUGCCUGGGGACUCUGGGCUACAUGAAGUUUGGUGAAGACACUCAGGCCAGCAUCACCCUCAACUUGCCCAACUGCUGGCUGUACCAGUCAGUCAAGCUGAUGUACUCUGUGGGUAUCUUCUUCACCUAUGCCCUCCAGUUCCACGUCCCAGCUGAGAUCAUCGUCCCCUACGUCGUCUCGAGAGUGUCUGAGAACUGGGCUCUGUUUGUAGACCUGACCGUCCGCACAGCCUUGGUCUGCCUGACCUGUUUCUCAGCCGUUCUCAUCCCCCGUCUGGACCUGGUCAUCUCCCUGGUGGGCUCGGUGAGCAGCAGCGCCCUGGCCCUCAUCAUCCCGCCCCUGCUAGAGAUUGCCACGUUUUACUCUGAGAACAUAAGCUGUGCAACCAUUGUCAAGGACAUCAUGAUCAGCAUCCUGGGCCUCUUAGGGUGUGUAUUUGGGACAUACCAAGCCCUCUACGAGAUGACCCAGCAGACCCACUUUUCCAUGGCCAACUCUACAAGGGUCUACACAUAAUUACCUAUUUUUAUUUGAAUAGCUCUUCCUUCCCCCACCCUCUGUUGGAUUCCCAUUAUAUAUGUUCAUCAAAACCCAG